UCGGCGUAAUCGAAAAGAGCGGGAAUUACAAAUGCGUUUAAUUAUAUUUUAUUACCUAUUUAUAUGCAAAAUUAAUUAAAAUUUAUUAAUGAGUUUUCAAUUUUUCAGUAAUUCGCAAACGCUGCAAACGCCUUUUAAAAUAUAAGGGAGACGUGUUCUGCUCGAGCUUGUCACGUGUAGCUUGCAAGUUCGAAAGCCUCGAAUCUGACGCGGAGUGUGCAUGUGUCAAUUUCGACAAGUCAUGGCGGUUAUAAUGCCCGAUAUCUUUCUACAUACUGAUUUAAAGAGACUUUUAAGUUAUAAAAUGGUGGUUUUCUUGGGUGAUUCCAACACCAGAGCCAUUUAUAAAGAUUUUGUUGCAUUGGCUGAAGAGAAUAAUUUUGUCAGUGAAAUUGGCUUAAAAACAAAAAUGGAGAGGUCCUUCCUUGGAGAUGAAUUAGUAUUCUCCAUCAGGAAAACUAACGAGAGGAUAUAUAAAGAGGAACGAGUGUAUAAAAAGGACUGCUUCUGUUUCGAGUUCUACUUCAUCACUAAAGUGUACGACGAGUACAUGGAAUACAUCCUCGACAACCUGACCAAGAAGAUGCCGGACAUCGUCCUCAUUAAUUCCUGCCUGUGGGACAUCACCCGUUGGGGACCGAGAGGCGUGGAGAAGUACAAAGAGAACUUGAAAGUCGUGGCGAAAAAAUUCCGCACCGUUCUCCCCGAAGACACCCUCGUCGUGUGGCUCACCACCCUCCCCAUCUCGCAGGACAUGCGGGGCGGUGUUCUGGUUCCUCAGCUCGAAUUUCUCAAGUACUCUCUCCGGUAUCACGUGAUGGAGGCCAACCGGUAUGCCAGAAACGUGUUCGUGCAGCAGGAACUGGACGUUCUAGAUCUGCACUAUCACCUCCAGAUGCACAUUUACCUGAGGGGACCGGACGGCAUCCAUUGGUUAUCGCCGGCGGUUAGACACAUGUCUAAUCUGAUAUUGACUCACGUAUCUUUGGCUUGGGGAGUUUCGCUGCCGUCCAGAUUCAAAAGAUUCCAUAAUUUGGAAUGCGUCGAGAACGCCGCGACGGAAGAAUGGGAGAAAGAGAAAAAAUACGAGUUAUGGCGGACUUUGAGAGAAUUUGAGCUCUGUUAACGUCACUGCAUUUUACAAGUAUUAUAAGGAAAAUUACAGUACCCGAGGCGAGUAAUGGAGUUUUGUGUCUUCGACGGGGAACUCCAUUGCUCACGACAGGUUGCAUAUUACCACAUGUAGGAAAACAAUAGGUUAGUCGAUUAAAUUUUAAUGAUGCAGGGACCACUUUGGUCGUGUUGCUC